GUGACGCUGGACUAAACGAUUCCGGAAAUAUUGACAGGUGAACACCAGGGGUUUCCGGUUAAAUUUGUUUUUGAAAAUUUUGAAAGCUGGAGCGAGAGAUUGCCAGACAUGUCAACGCUGUUCCCCUCUCUCUUCCCCCGGAUAACGGAGUCCCUGUGGUUCAACCUUGACCGACCGUGUGUGGACGAGACCGAGCUGCACCAGCAGGAGCAGCAGCACCAAACCUGGCUGCAGAGCAUUGCUGAGAAGGACAACAACCUGAUGCCGAUUGGGAAACCUAUUUAUGAGUCAUCUGGCUUUACUGUGGCGCAGGCGGGAUAUGAUGAAGAAGAAGAAGAGGAUGACGAGGAUGAGGAGGACAGCGAGGAAGACUCGGAAGAUGAAGAAGACAUGCAGGACAUGGAUGAGAUGAAUGACUACAACGAGUCACCUGAUGACGGCGAGAUCAACGAGGUGGACAUGGAGGGACCAGACCAAGACCAAGACCAAUGGAUGAUUUAAGACAAAAGACAAUUUUAGUCUCCAUCAAGCUGUCUGGCACUGGAUUGUUACUCCCCACUUAAAACACGACUGCUGCCCCUUCAGUCUGUGACACAGAUUAUGAUGUCCUUCAGAGGAAGUUUGGAUAUAUCCAGCACAAAGUGUCUCAUUUCAGGCUGCGGUUGGCCUUUGAAGGCCCUUGACGUUGUUGGACAUCACUGUGAGUGUUGCUACCUGGUGUGCGCGUAUACACACACACACACUGUUUACUGAACACUGUUGUUCUAUAACGUUCAGACACACACACACACACACACACACACACACACACACAGUGGCAACAGUAGGCAUCGGCCCAGUGAUCCUCAUUUACACUUUGACCUUGUCAUAUCUUCAGUCAUGUGCCACUUCUCAGCUGACUGAGCACGAACAACAGUUAAGUCAGCUAAAUAAUUUAUUACCUAUAAAGAAGACUGACAGAUACUUCAUCACAUAGUAAGGUUCUGUUUCAUAGUGUUGUUUAUGCUGCUAAUCUUACAGAUAUCAUACUACCAGUUAAAACUUCAUAAACGCUUGUGAAAUAGUAUUAUUUUGGACAAUGCAUCAGUUGUUAUUGAAAUACAUUUUGAUAUUUUUUUAACUAUGUUAAAGGUAAGAGCAGCCAUUACUUUUGAAGAAUGUCAAUUUAAAUAUGAAUACAUAGUGUCCGUUCGAAUACUGUCAUGUUUUCCUUAAAGGAUUGCUUACCAAGGCUUUGAUUAUUUGUACUAAAAUGAACAAAAGUCUUGCUUUUUUGUACUAAAUUAAAUACUUUUUAUGAAACCAUG